UUAAGUAAUGGUCCUUUAUUGUUAGACGUCCUGUAGGGUCUAGACUGAAUAACAUGUUUAUUUUACCUACAAUAAAAUAUGGUGGAGGAUAGAUUAUGGGAUCCAACGCAAAUCUAGGAGAGGCCUUGCAAUUUCUAAGGGAAUACGACGAUGAGGCAUCGAACAUGUGCUUCAGGGUGGGAUCGGCACAAUGGACAUACUCGACAAACAUGACGGAUUUCAACAAGCGCAAAAUGAUCGACGAACAAACACGAAAAGCUAAAUUCGAUAAGAUUUCGUGGAGAAAGGCGGCAGAAUUUGACUGGACCAGACUUCCUGAUCCUAUGGCUAGAAGGCAACUUAGGAUGCUCAUGUCCAACAGCAGGGCUAGUCUAUCCGACGACAAAUAUAAUGAGAUAUACCAUUUAAUCUCGGAGAUGAAGGACUUGUAUGCACAUAUAAAAGUGUGCCCUUACAACAACUUCGCCACAGUAUAUUGUGAUCUAGAACUGGAUCCAGAUGUAAAGAAACUGAUGGCGCACUCUAGAAGUAAUGCAGAACUUAUGCACAUCUGGAAAGAUUGGCAUGACAAGGUCGGACCUCCAAUGAAGAAUAAGUUUAUGCGAUACGUGGAUCUAGCAAAUCAGGCUUCGAGACUUAAUGGAUUUCAGAACGCAGGUGAAGAAAUGCGAUAUUCGUACGAGGAUGAAAACUUCGAAAGCGAGGUAGCGCAAGCUUUUCACAAACUGCAGCCUCUUUACAAGGAAUUGUUUACCUAUGUGAGGAGACAGCUUUUCCAGCGGUAUGGACCUAAUGCCCUCAGGUCAAACGGACCUAUACCAGCACAUUUAUUAGGUAACAUUUGGGCGCAAGAGUGGAGCAAUAUAGAAGAUCUAGUAAGGCCAUAUCGGGAAUAUAAGAAGAUGGAUGUCACAGAUGAAAUGUUGAGGCAAGGAUUCACUCCCCUUAGAAUGUUCCAAAUGGCGGAGGAAUUCUACACUUCGUUAGGUCUAAAACCGAUGCCUCCAGAGUUUUGGCGGUACUCUAUGUUGGAACGCCCAAAUGGGAGGAAGGUACAAUGCACGGUCAGUGCCUGGGAUUUCUGUAACAAAAUCGAUUAUAGAAUAAAACAAUGCACAGAGGUAAAUAUGGAGGAUCUUAUAACAAUACAUCACGAGAUGGCUCAUAUCCAAUACUACUUACAUUAUGCAGAUCAGCCAUAUCUUUACAGAGAUGGAGCAAAUCCUGGUUUUCAUGAAGGAAUUGCAAAUGCUAUUGGUUUGUCAGUAUUUAAUCCGGUACAUCUUCACAGAGUUGGACUGUUCAACAAUAGCACCGAUAUUUAUGAGACCAACGUCAAUUUUCUUAUGACCAUGGCUUUGAAGAAAAUUGCUUAUGCUCCAUUUGCUUAUUUGGUUGAUCAGUGGAGGUACCAAAUCUUCGAGUAUGGCGUACAGACAAUGAAUGCAGAUUGGUGGGAGUUGCGUCUGCGAUUUCAGGGCAUCGUUCCCCCAAUUAAGAGAACCGAAAGGCAUUUAGAUGCUGCCGCAAAGCGACACAUUAUUGCCGAUAUGCCAUACAUGCGAUAUUUCGUUGCUCUACUGUUGGAAUUCCAAAUUCACGCGUCACUUUGUGAGGCUGCACGACAUCAUGGACCACUGCAUACCUGCGAUGUUUAUAGAUCUCGCGAGGCCGGUAGAAUUCUCAUGGAUGUGUUAAAGGCCGGAAAGUCGAGGCAUUGGAAGGAAGUCAUAAGAACUGUGACUAGAGGUGCAAGCGAUUCUCUUUCGCCCCAGCCCAUGUUGGACUACUUUGAACCAUUGCUUUUGUGGCUACAAGGAAAAAAUAAACGGGAAGACGAAAGAAUUAUAGGAUGGAGUACCCGAAAAGAAGACACAGCACUUUUCCAACCACUUCUGUCUACCAGCAACAGGUUGGGAGUCCAGUGGUUUAGCUUUGUGAUUAUAUUGUUUGUAACUUUUAGCUUGUGAUUUAGUUUAAAUUUUGUUUUUUGUAUAUAAGAGUUUAUGAAAUAAAAUAGUUAUA